AUGGCCGCCCGCCUGCCCCUGCGCCGCCGCUCAGCGCCCGCCCUCCGCCUGUCCCGCAGCGCCCGCGCGGCCCCGCCCGCCAGCCCCGCCCAUGGCCAUGGCGCCCGCCGGCUGCCUGCGGCUGCGGCGGGAGGGGAGCGGGGACGGGCUGACACCGGGAGUUGGGCUCGGCACCGGGAGCGGGGCUCCCGGGGGACGGGCCGGCCGUGCUGCUCGUGGUUCGGCGGCAGCGUCGGGGAAAAGCUGAAGGAUGAGCAGCAUCCCCCAGAGGCGGGGCAGUCUCGGCUCCGGACGUGCUCGAGGUUUCUCCUUCUGAGGGGAGUGCAAAGAGGUGGACGAGUGCUUGAAGCCAUCAUUGCCAUCACAUCUUCAAGGCAUUAUCCCACCUCUGAGAUGGAGGCAGCAGGUCCCAAAAGUUAUCUUACCCAGGGAAGUGUGGUUCUGGAAAAGCCUCUCCAUCACCGCAGGCUUCUUGCAACAUGCAAAAUUUGGUUUGCAACUCAGGAAGUACUCUUCAAGGCUGAUGCUCCUUUUCGCAGACACCACAGGCCUGGAAAAAAUAAAUCUAUAUUUAUCCAGGCCUUCAUGGGCCAGCAGAACACCUGACCAAAAAGCCUGAAAGAGGGAAGGUACCAGUGAUUGUACUGCUGAAAAUUACUCUGUGUGGAGAGAUCCAGUUGAUGAUAUUCAAAUGUCACACGGUUGAUGUGUUUGCCGCUGGAGACCAUUCGCAGCACAGUGUUGUCACAGCCAAU